AUUUUUGCAGAGGCACACUAUAUUGUCUAUUUUGGGAAGGGUCAAUCCAGUGCAGAGGAUGGCCAUGACGUUCUGUAUACUAACCAGGUCUACUACAAUAAGGAGCUCUUGGUGUCAUACAACAGCACAGAGGGGAGAUUCAUCGGCUACACAAACGAGGCAAUAAAAAUCGCAGAUGGCCUCAACAGAAACAAAUAUAUUGCUGAUGAUCAGAAAAACAACUUUGAAAUCUGUAAACAAGUUGCCUCAGAUUAUAUUAAAUUGGUUGGUGCAGGAGCACAAAAGCCUCAAGUCCGAGUGUUCUCCACUAAAGCAGGAAGCAGUCACCAGCCUGGCAUCCUGGUGUGCAGCGCUUACCGUUUCUAUCCCCAGCGAUGGGAGCGAUGUUGCGGUGCGCGCUCCGCUGUGGGUUUGUGGAUGUGGUGGCGGUGCGGUGGAGUGGGGCCACCGGGGGAGAGAGGAUGUGGGGCUGCUGUCAACUCGUUUAUAUUUGGACGCACCUACCAACAAUUUCAGCCUGCAGUUCAUUUAUUUCCUGGUUAUUACGAGUGUGAUUCUUUUUGGACAAUAUAUUUGUUCUCUUUAGACAUAAUGAAUACAGGAGUAAGUCUACUGUUGUGUUUUCCUCUUUUUUUCCAAACAGGAGGUGCUCACUAUACCUACGCUUUGCAGAAUUGUCGGUUUACUACAGAAGACGAUGCUGUGGUUAUUGGCCAAGCAUACUACAACAAGCAGCUCUUUGUUUCAUUCAACACUACAGAGGGGAACUUCACCGGCUACACAAAAGAGAUCAAAGAAAUUACAAAUGGCGUAAACCAAAAUCCACGUCUUUUAAAUGACUUAAAAAAUGCCCAGAGAGAUUGUGACGAACUUACACGUAACAUGUUAACAUAUCUUCAGGGAGCAGCACAAGAGCCUCAAGUCCGAGUGUUCUCCACUAAAGCACGAAGCAGUCACCAACCUGGUAUGCUGGUGUGCAGCGCCUACCGUUUCUAUCCCAAAGCCCUCACUCUGACAUGGCUGAGGAACGGGGAGGAGGUGACGUCUGGUGUGACGUUCACUGAUGAGAUGUCCAAUGGAAACUGGCUUUACCAGAAGCACUCCUACCUGGAGUACACACCUACAGCAGAAGACCAGAUCUCCUGCAUGGUGGAGCAUGCCAGCCUCUCCACUCCUCAGCUCUACCCACUGGAGAACUUUCCAGAGUCGAGAAGAAACAAGCUGAUAGUUGGGACUGCAGGGCUGCUGCUGGGACUGGCCUUUCUUAUUGCUGGAGUCAUUUAUUACAAAAAACACACAAAAGGUCAUGUAUUGGUGCCCCAACAUUAAGAAAAUGGACAGAAGAGGAAUAGACCUUCAUUUAUUAUAUUUUUAGCAGAAUAUAGUAUUUAUUAGGCAAGGUUUAUCUUUUAAAACAUUAUAAUUUUCUUCUUAAAUUUGAAGGCUAUCUGUUUUAGAUUUAAGAUUUUAUUAUAUGUUAGUCACCAUUAAUAGUGAUACAUUUUUUGCAGGGAUAAAAUUGAAUACUCAUGUUACCGUAACUGAGCAGAUUUUUUGGAUAAUUGUACUUUGAGUAGAUUUUUAAACUUGUACUUGUAGUUGAGCAUAAUUCGAGACAUGUUAUGUUGUUCUCUGCCCUUUUCUAUACUUACAAAUACAAGGUCCAUCAAAUGUAGAUGUUAUUACUUUCUGAGAAUGUUUCACAGUAUGGCAUUAAACCUUUCUAUUUUCAUGGAAAUCAAACCAGACACCAGAAACCACAGGUCAGAUCUGUGGAGAGGCGACCCUGCUCACAGUCAGAAUUUUUUUGAACAAUUAAACUACCUGUAAUUGAAUAAAUGCAAGGUAGAUCUGUUUAAUGUCAUAUUGUGGAACAUUCCAAGCAGAGCAAUGACAUAUCCAUAGAAAUAUGAAGGUGAUGGACCCCCAAUCCAAUUUACACAGUACACCUUUAAGUACAAUUUUGGAAGCACUUGUUUUACUCACAAUUAAGUAAUUUUUUGUCCUGUAACUGUACUUUUAUUUGAGUACAAAUUUGCAGUGCUCCUUCCACAUCUCUUCAGGACCUGUACUUCUUCAGGAAUUGAGGGUGAGCAGGUUGGAUCACAGCUGACCCUUCUCACCCUGAAAAUGAACCAUUUGAGCCAGUCCCCUUGGACAGGAGGCUACGGUCCAUUCUGGCCAGAGGUUCUCUCCUUUAUACAAAAAAAUUGACUUGUUUGUUGACACAAUUAAAACGAUAGGAUUACAUUUAUUGGCGUGUGUUGCUGGGUUGAUUUCCAAAUAGGUAAAAACAUAAUUCUUUUGUUGUUUAAAGUUUGAUAUCUUUCCAUGAGGUAAAAUGUGCAGAGCAUUAUCUUUUGAUAAGGUUACACUAAAAUGUUAUCUGUUAUAUUGUUUAAAUUUUAUUUAAAUUCUAGCAAUCUGGAUUGUUUAUUUUCUUGCUAAAAUUGAAAAAAUAAAGUAUUUUAGCUACUUCCUGCAGUGCUCCUCA